GCACAUUUCAACAUCUGGAAUCAAACAAAGCGGUAAACAAUAAACAAGGCGAAAGUUCUGUCUGUUUAUUUAUACCGCGCCGAUUAAAGUAUUAUUAAAUUAACUGAUGAAAGUUGUGUUACUAGAAUUAUCGGAGUGUCUAUUUCAGGAAAUUCCAUUUUCAAGAUGGACAAGUCGAGGUUUUCAAUGUUGCUAUUGGAACCUGGAGAAAUAUAUUUCGAAGAUUUUUCUUGUACCCUAAAUGAUGAUAAAUUGAAGAACGAGAAUGCUAAGCAAGGACGGUUGAAACUAUGUUCCAAGUCCCUGGUAUUCGAGCCCAGGGAUUGGGUGUUCCCUCUCAUCAAAAUGCAGUUCAAAGAUUGUGCUGAUAUCUCAAUAGUUGAUGAAAACAAUAAUGUCAUCAGAGUUAGAAUGAAGAUGUAUGCUGAAAUGCUUGAAGAGAACAUACUGGCACCAUACAAAUUUAUUUAUGAAGAUAAAGACUUUUAUGUUUUCUUUGACUUUGCAUCAGCCGAUGAAUGCUUGAGCCAGAUGCAGCAGUUGCAAAGGGCUUCCACUCUCCACGCUCCUGAACAUAAUAGCAUGAUAGCUACGAUCCUCCACUCAAGGUACAUGAGGAUGGAGUUUGACCCAGUCAUGAUGGAUGACUUUACUGAACAGAUUGUAUGUGAACUACAAGCUGAGAAGAUAUCCCCACUUGUCAGACAUCAGGGCAAGCUGGCUUUGACCCCAACUACAAUAUACUUCCAGCCAUUCAGUAAUGUUGAGGGUAGUCCCAUUCUUAAGUUGAAACUGGGCCACUUACGAAGGAUGUACAAAAGAAGAUUUUUACUAAGGCAAGUUGGGCUAGAAAUAUACAGUGCAGAAGAGAGCUCAGUUCCUCACAUAUAUGUGACAUUUCAAUCUGAAAGAGACAGAGACAGAAUAUACAAGAUUCUAGAAGAUUCUCCAAAUGUACAGUUGGAGAAGGUGCACACUGAAGAAAUGACAUUACAGUGGCAAAAUGGACUUGUAUCAAAUUAUGAUUAUUUGAUGUAUUUAAAUUGCCUUGCAGAUAGGAGCAAGAAUGAUCUCACCCAAUACCCAGUAUUUCCCUGGGUAGUUGCCGACUACACUUCAGAAACUUUAGACCUAACUAACCCAGACACAUUCAGGGACCUCUCGAAACCAAUGGGAGCCCUAAACCCAGACAGACUGGAGAAACUCAAAGAAAGAUACUAUGAAAUGACUGAACCGAAAUUUUUAUAUGGAUCUCAUUAUUCGGCUCCUGGCCUUGUUUUAUUUUAUUUAGUGCGGAAAUACCCUAAAUAUAUGCUGUGUUUACAAAACGGUAGAUUCGAUCAUCCAGAUAGAAUGUUCAAUUCUGUUAAAGAUGUUUAUAACAAUUGUUUGAGGAAUAUGUCGGAUUUUAAGGAAUUAGUACCCGAGUUCUACGACACAGAGGGAAAAGGGGACUUUUUGGUGAAUCAAUACGAAAUCAAUUUCGGCGAACGACACGAUGGGAGUAAAGUUAACAAUGUAGCACUACCACCAUGGGCCUCGUCCCCUGAAGACUUUGUACUAAAACUGAGAGAAGCCCUGGAGUCAGAAUAUGUAUGCAAACACUUGCAUUUAUGGAUAGACCUCAUAUUUGGGUACAGACAACGCGGCGAGGAGGCCGUCAAGGCUUACAAUGUGUUUCACCACGUGUGCUACGAAGGAGCGGUCAAUCUCGAAUGUAUUUACGAUAUGAACGACAGGCACGCACUAGAGGUGCAAAUAAUGGAAUUUGGACAAGUGCCAAAACAACUCUUCACUAAACCGCACGUUAGAAAAAUAACACCGCACAUUGCGAAGCCCCUGUCUUAUUUAGACGACUAUGUUUCUUAUAAGAUGGAAUGUAUCGAUGUGUUGCAACUGCAUAAAGGAGCGGUGACGUGUGCUAUUCGGUGUGAGAACAGGGUCAUUUCUGUGGGAAAGGAUGGCACUCUCAAAGUAUAUGACACAGUACAAAGGAAGCAAAUAAGGAGCGUUAUUUUGAGUUCAACGCCUCUAAGCUCGUGUGUGAUGGUCGAUGACAAUACCGUAGCGGUUGGCUCAUGGGACAAUGAAAUAUAUUUAUAUGACGUAGAGUACGGCAGAGUAGUGGAAAGUUUUCGCGCGCAUGAUGACUCGGUCAGCUGUUUGUUGUGGCUCGAAAAAGAACGCUUGUUGAUAUCUGGCGGAUGGGACGGCGUGGUACGUGUUUGGGGUAAUGUUGGCAGGACCGGACAAGCCCUUCGUGGAUUAAAAGCAGAAUUUGAUCAUGAUGGAAAAAUAACCAGUCUUACGUACAGGCGGCGUCGCCACGAGAUCGACGUGAUAGCUGGCACGGGAGAUGGCGAAGUGUUUCUAUGGGAUUACACCACGAAGGAGCUUGUCAACAAGAUGAGUGUGCAUACCUCAUCCGUCACCGGUGUCUGCUUCGUACCUUCGGGAGACAGGGUUGUGACUGCCUGCAGUGAUGGCGAUAUGAGGGUCACUGAUCUUAGUGUUUUGGAUUCGGUAUAUCAGAAACAUAUGCCGGAGGCUGUGACCUCACUGUGCUGGGACGGCGGCAGCGUGCUGUGGCUCGGCUGCGGCGACGGCUCGCUGCUGCAGUGGAACAUGCUCACUGCCACGCAGACCAGUGAACACUCCGCUCAUAGUGACUCCAUCAACAACGUCUAUUUCGACGAGAUCUCAAAAACAUUGAUAACGGCCGGUGAAGACAAAAUUAUCAAGAUCUGGGAAAUUACGCGAAGUUCCUGACGGACGUGUUUCACACGCGCCCACAGUAUUAAGAAUCAUGACAGAUAAUAUUAAUACUAUUAAAAAUUGUGAUAUUCGAACAAUACGUAAAAUACAGAUUUAUUUGUGUUAUAAUAUAAAAUGCAGAAAUGAGACUAUGUCCAAUAAAGAUUUAUCGUUUUAGUA